AUGAGAAGAACAACUUAAACUUAAUAAUUAACCUUAUUUGAUUAAUUAAUAUCUUAAACAGAUAAAGACAACGAUCCUAAAGACUAAUCACAUAAACUUUCUAUAAAUAAUUAAAACUAAUAAUCAAUAUCCAACAUUAAAUCUUUACACAAUUUAGUAAUUCAUUCUUUAUAAGAUAGCACAAUAUAUUUUAUUAAAAUACAAUGAAUUAUAAAGAUUAUAAGCAAUCUCUACUUUUUAAUCAUAAAAAAUUGGAAAAAAUUGUCUUAUAAAAUAUUAAGAAUCCACAUUAAAAACUUAUCAAAAAUUUAGCUAAAUAUUCUCUGAUUAAUUUAAAAGAACUAACUUUAGAUAAUAUUGAUGUAAUAGAUUCUUAAUUUUAAAUUUUUCAAUAAAAAGGAGGAUUUUCUAAAAAUUUCUUGAAUUUAAUAAAUGUUACAUUAAUUUGCCCUAAUAUAACCUCUCUUACUAUUGAUUAUUUAUUCCAAGGCAUCUAAAAUAUUUAAUAUUUAGAUUUAAGUCAUACUAAAAUAGAUAAUUAAGGUAUUUACAAAUUAUCUCAUCUCUAAUGGCCUUUCUUAGAAACCUUUAUUAUAUAAUGGUGUAACAGUGUACAUAAUUUAGAUUAAAUAGGAAAUAAUGCUAAAAAUUUUCCAAACCUUAAAAUUAUUGACUCUUGUUUUAUUUAAACAGAAAAUGAAUCAUACAAUUAACUGAUAAAUUCUCCAAUUAUUAUUACUUUAACUCAUUUGAGAUUAUUUGGAACUAAUGUUAAUUUAAAAACUUCUUAUUGGUAAUCAACGUAUUUAUUAAAUCUAUUUAUGAAUUCUAUGAAAGAUUAUAAUUUAUAAGAAUUUAGAAUCUAAAAUGAACCUGCUUGUCAUAAAAGUUCAAGUGAUUAUAAAUAAUUGCAAGUUAAUACAUGUAAUUAUAUCAUGAAUAAAUAGUAAUUAGUACUGAAGCUUAAAAAUUAUAAUUGAAUAUUUCUUGGAAAAUCACUGCUCUUUAAGCACAAAUAUAAUUUAUUGAUACUAUAGAAAAUGUUGAUAAAAAAUUUGCUAAUUUUGGUAAAUUAUUUGAAUUUUUACAAAAACAAUAGUAACUUAAAAAAUCUUUGCAAAAUCUUUCGAUAUGUUUUGAUUUAAUUUUAUGUGAUACAAAUAACUUUGAUAUAAUCUUAAAAACUAUUGUUGAUUUUAAAGAGCUCAAAAAACUUAAAUUUUAUGUCAGAAAUCAAACCCUACUAAAACUGCCUAAUUAUUUCUUUUUUUUCAAUUAAAUUAGUGAAUUGCAUCAAUUAAUGUACCUAUAAGUAAUUUAUGUUUAAAAAUUUAGUUAGAUCUAUAAAAUAAUGAAAUUCUUAUUAAUGAAUCAUUUUUAAAUAAAAUUGUCAAAUCUGUUUAAUAGUUAUCAUAUUUGAAUUUAUUAUAUUUAAAUCUCAGGCAUAAUAAAAUAAAAAAUAUUUUAGAUAUUCAUAGCUUUAACUCUUAAAUUAUUAAAUCUAUUAAAAACCCUUAUUUGAAUCAUAUUUAUCUUAUGGAAACAAAUGGUGAAAAUCUAAAUUAUAAAUACAAAGAUGCACUUACUUUAGUUCAUAGUAGUUCUUCAAAAUUUGUUAACAUAAACGAAUUUUAAAACAUAAUUGUAUAAUAAGAUCCAUCAAAUAUUAAAGAAAAAAUUUUCAAAUAUUACACAGAACAAUUUUAUAAGAAAAAAAUGAAACUUAUAAGAAGUUGUGUAUUAAGUAGAUGUCAUUAAUUAAACUAUGAAAAUAGAUUUAGAUAAUAAGUGAUUUAUUAAAUAUUAGAUAUGAUCAUUUAUAAUUAAUGA